AUGGCUGCCAACACAAGCGCUACGUCCGUUACGACAUCAAUUAAACCUAAUCCUUCGAAAAAAGAGAAAGAAACUUUGCUUGCUGUGUUGCAAUUUUUAAAGAAGAACAAACUACCUGUAAGUUAAAGGAUCGUAAUGUGAGUGACGUUACGUUUCUUUGAAAGGAAAAGUUUAAACGCUUCUUGUUGUGUCUGUUUCUUCAGGAAACUGAGAAGAUAUUUAGACAAGAGGUCAAUGGCUUGGAAGAUAUAGAAGAAAUAAAUCUGCAGACAACACCAGAUUCAGAGGCAGAUAUCUCAUCAGUAUUAUCUGCAUAUAAUAGGUAGGAUGAGAAAGUGCUUGAACGACGUGGACUUUAAAACAGAUCAUAUCAGAAACAUUUGCUUUGAUCGUCUCUAUCUGUCUGCCCACAGGGGGCCCACACAAUAGGUUUGUGUAGCCGAUUGUUAUUUUAUAGUAAAUGUACUGGAUUUACCGUUUGCUUCACCUAUAGCGAUAUAUCGCUAACUAUGUAUAUAAAUCAAUGAUAAAUAAACGUUGAAUUACCUUACCUGUGGUGUAUAGUCAUCCUUUUGCCUCAAAAGCGGUUUUUUUGAGCGAUUUUGAAUGAAUUUGAGUUCGCCGUUGACUGUUCCAUAUAAUAGAAGGACAAGGGAGGAAUCCUUGUUUUGAAAGGGUUCCAAGCGCCGGGCGAUUUUCACCCCAAAAAUCGCAUCGCUCCGCUUUCAAACUUCGCAGCAUAAAGGUUAAAAGAUUCACGAUUCUUCGUAUCUUCAAUCGAAAAUCCAUCCAAACGGCCCGGAGCUAGCCCUCGAAGAAAAUCAAAAAUCCCACAGUAUUCGGCGACUGGAAUUACGUGGCAAGAUCCAUAAGUGCCAGCCAGAAACCGUCCGCUGAUUGCCUCUUUUUUUGAUUGGAUGUGCGUUAAACAACAACAAGCGCUUACCAAGUCUUCUUCAUCAGUUAUUAUUUAACCAUUUGUUUUUAACGACAUCCAAUCAAAAGAGGCAAUCAGGGACGGUUUCUGGCUGCAGCAUUAUGGAUCUUCUCACAAUUGGAUGGAUUUUCGAUUGAAGGUGGACGAGAAGAAUCGUGAAUCUUUUUUACCUUUAUGCCAUGGGUUUGAAAGCGAGCGAUGCGAUUUUGGGGUGAAAAUCGCCCGGCGCUGGAACCCUUUCAAAACAAGGAUUCCUCCUUGUCCUUCUAUUAUGUGGAACAGUCAACGGCGAACUCAAAUUCAUUCAAAAUCGCUCAAAAAACCGCUUUUGAGGCAAACGGACGACUAUACACCACAGGUAAGGUAAUUCAACGUUUAUUUAUCAUUGAUUUAUAUACAUAGUUAGCGAUAUAUCGCUAUAGGUGAAGCAAACGGUAAAUCCAGUACAUUUACUAUAAAAUAACAAUCGGCUACACAAACCUAUUGUGUGGGCUCCCUGUGGUCUGCCAGAUAGAUUGAUCACACAAGCGCAAUGCACGUAAUUAAAAUAUUCUGAAUGCAAAGUUCAAUAAAUAUUACGUACCUUGAAAUCUACUCAUGUGAAAUGUGACUUAACACUAAGUUGUGUAUUGUCUUGUAACGUGUGGCUUGCUUGACUUUUUUUUUUUCAUCAUUAUCAGUGAUGCAGACCCAUCAAGAUAUGAAGACUAUUAUAGCAGGUAAACAAUGCCUAAAACAUUGCAACAUUUAAGACUCUUAAACCCCACUUUGGAUUAACUUGAAGUCACCCUACAAUUUUAUAUUACAGUAGGUAUGUCAAACCUGUAAUGUUACUUAAUAAUUUUUAUUAAUUUUCUUAUAGUUUACAAGCAUUUGUUGAAAAGUCUUUGGAUGUAUACAAGGUAAGAAUGUUAAUCCUUCCACGUUUUAUGAUCGACAUUAAAAAUGAAUUAAUAUGCUGAAAACUCGUUAUUGUUCUUAGCAUCAUCAUGUAUGGUUCAGUUUUAUCCUUGAUUUUUGUAUCUGUUAAUUUUUUGUGUGUGUUUGUGGUGAACUCAUUACCAUAUGCAUAGUUUACAGCAAAUUUAAAAACAUCAAUAUGUUUUUAAGGAUGUGAAAAAUCAAACUUCCUCUUACAAACACUAAAAAUAAUAAAUAUUGUGUUUUUAGCCUGAGUUGGCCAUGGUUUUGUAUCCAAUGUUUGUUCACAUGUACCUAGAACUUGUUUAUAAAGGAAGUGAAAAAGAAGGUAAGACUAACAAUUUAUUCUAGUCACACUUUUUAUACAAUUAUUGGAUGAGGUUUUUGUGAUAUCCAGAUCGAGGUACAUGUAACAAGGCUGUGCUCUAGCGGAGCAUGGUGGUCCCUGGCGCCAAACUCUUGCUCUCAAAAAAUAAAGAAGGACAAACACAGCAUUGCAUGGAACACAGUAUGACAUUGCUUUUGGAAAUCAUGCAUUGCACGUCCAAACUACUAAUCUGUUAGCAGAUAACUAACUUACCGGUAUGUGUUAGGUUGUGCUGCUGUAGGCUCUUAGCCAAUGAGAAGACAGAUAGUGAGUACAAUGUAUAAUAACAGAAGAGAUCUGACAGAGAAAUCUGGAACAACAGUGUUUCUAUAUAUGUUACAUGUACUCCCAUUGCCUGUGGUCAAGCCUAUGAAUAGCUUUGCCUUCUGUACAGGUAUACAGGUGCACAGGUUUUUCUGCUCUGGGGGAAGGUAAUGUGUCACAUAAAUUUAGGCUACCUGUUGGUUUGUUUGGGUAACUAACUAAAGUGUAGAUAACUGUAUUUACAGCGCAAUCCUUCUUUGCGUGUUUCCGUGGAAGUCAAGAAGAUUAUCAUGAAGAAGAUCUGAAUAAGUUAGCUGCUAUUACUCGACGUGAGCACAUGAAAAGUAAUGAGUUCAUGGGAACAUUAAGGUAUUGACAUGACAAAUAACUUAAGUGAUCUAGAUCUUAAGGGUUUUAAGGAUUACUGUGUAUCAGAGGCUAUAAAUGUAGUUUCUUUUUCAAAGUCUGUACAUGUAUUUGCUAAAAGUAGCGUUUCCCUAUCAGGGCAUAUCUGGUAGUCUAAUUAACUAUACUUUUUGCAACAUUUUGCUCUCAAAUGUCACUGUUAAACAAGAAGUUAAUUCAAUGUGAGCUACCACAACCAUUUCAAAACAGGCGUGGUGUUGCGCUGGACCUCUUCCGUCCGUUUACAUGCAAGUUAUCUGUCAUUAUUGUUUUAACACCAAUGAAUUGGUGUUGAAAAAUAUUUCAGCUCUCAAACAGAAAUUUGAUAUCUCUGCAUGGCAAUGUAAUAUCCUUUAUUCAAAAAACAUUUGUUUUGCUAUUGUAGGAGUAACAAGUUUGUGAUAAGGAUGUCAAAGGAUACAUAUCAAGUUCUGAAGAAACAUUUACAGGUGUGCUAGAAGUUUUUUCCUUCUUCAGGUUCUGUUUCCAAUAUUUUCCACCAGUUUCACAUCUAUCAUCCAAAGCUGUGGUCCCUAGACAAUUUUGAUCUCAAUUCCAGUCAAGAAUUUUUGUGUUUUUCACAGUAAUAAAUUUGUAUAUUGUUUUAAGAUUAUUUUACAGCAAUUCAGCGAUUUCUCAUGGCAUUUUAUUUUACAGGACCAACAACAAGAUCUCCUGCUGACCCUAAUUCAACAACAUCUUCAUUUUGACGGUAAUUUAAUUUGUUUUCACAUGCAGUCAUAUAGUAUAUUAUGUUUCUGAAGAGUGCAGGGUACUCUGUACAAGCAUUUUGCUGGCCUUAUAAAUAGCAAUUCACACAUCCAGCAAUGUUUUUUUCUUUCCGUCCUUGGACAGUUUUUGAAGGAAGGCCAAGAAACAAGCAAACGAUAGAAGCCACUGCAGGUGCAGUGACAGGCGAGGCAACAUUUGAAGGUAAGUUGAGCUCAGAUUUUGGUGGUGAGAACAGUAAUGGUGGUGAUGAUGAUGAGGAGGAUUGAUGAUUGAGGAAUGAGGAGGAGGAGGAGGAGGAAGAGGAUGACCACAGCAAUAAGAAAGACAAUGGGAUUUUUUUAGGUUUAAAAUAACUCAUUGAUAAAUUGGUAAUAAUUAUUAGUAAUUGUUAUUCCAAUAGGAAAAGAACUCUAUCCUUUCUUAAGACUUCAACUUCAGUACAUGUAGUUCUUUUCUUGAGCAUGUUGUUUUUAUCUUUUUACAGCUAAUAAGAGCAAGGUAUAUUAUGGGAUUCCACCAGAGCCUGAUCUUGGAGUUGUAAUAGAAGAAGAGAAUGAAGAUGAGGAUGAUAAAGACAAACCAAAGGUGGCAUUAUCAUCAUCAUUACAAUCAUAUUAACAAAAAACUGUAAAUCCUAAGAGUCUACACUGUAAAUUGCAACAUAACUGAUUUUGUCUUUGUUUGCUUACAUUUUUUAGAAAAAGAAAGUAAAAAAAGAUUCAAAUGGGCCAGGUAAAGAAGCCUUCGGUAUAAAUAAAUACUGACGAAGACUAUACCAGUUACUAAGAUCUUUAAAAAAAAACUUAUGGCUGUUGAGCCACUGAAAACAUUGAUUACCAACAAAUCAUUUACUCUGAGGAACGACGAGCGCUCAAAAUGUGCUUUUAGUCUGCUUGCGUGGUAGCUAAUUUCGAGUUUACGAACUCAUUUUAUAAAGCCAUAUUUUGGUGCUUCACUGUCACUCUGUUCCACAACCCCUAAAAAGAUUCCAUAAGACAUAAGAAAAGCCUGAACUGUACCGUAAAGGUUAGUCUUGAUGACAAUUUAUUAGACUGUUCACAGUCCCCUAUUUUUUCGUGAGAUCGUUUAGAUAUACCGCGUCGUACCGUCACGGCUACAUCUUGAUUUUCAAAUGUACCGAGGGGGGGUGUCGGGGAUAAUAGCUCUGGUGGGGGGGGCGGGGACGAGAAAAAUAGAGGGACUGUAAUAACAACACUGCAGCUCGCGUUCACGGAGCGCGUUGUACCAGCAACGCAGGCCUUUGAUUGGUCAUUAGACAAUGGAUGUUUAUUUGCGUUGACAACGGGUUUAGUUUAAGUUGCCGACUCUGAAAAGUCGUUGACAAGUCGAUAUUUCCAUAAAACGUACGCUUUCAUACCACAAGGCACAUCUUGCGCAAAAGCACGAAGGAAUUUUGGUAUUUUGAUUAGAAAAAUGUUUUCUUGUGUGUGUUUGCCGAUUUUAUUUCGAGGAAUGGGCCUAAAAACAUUAUAAAAUCACCGUUUCCCUAGGAGAUAUUUGUAGACACGCGUAAUCGAUGCUAAAUGUGUCUGGCAUGUUUUUCAUCACCGGCGGAGUUUCUUAAUUAAUGAAUGGUAAAAGGCGUGAAAUUCCUGUCACGCCUCCUGAACGCGAGCUGCAGUGAUGUUAUUACAGUCCCUCUAUUUUUCUCGCUUCCUCCCAAACCGCCCCCGCCCCCUAAGUAGUUUUGACACUCAUCUAAGAUGGCAGCCCGUAACGCAAAGCGCUCGAUCUCGACGAUCUUACGGAAAAAUAGAGGACUGUGAACAGUCUAACAAUUUAUCCUCGACAACUUACAGCAGUGGCAGAUCCAGACCUUCAGAUAAGGGGGGGGGCGCGGUCAUCCAGACCCUGAGAUAAGGGGGGGCGCGGUCAUCCAGACCCUGAGAUAAGGGGGGGCGGUCUCAAAAAAAAUUUUUUUCGGGCCUUCGGGCCUCAUUUUGAUCUAAAACUGGGGGGGGCGGGUCCCCCAGGCCCCUCCACUGGAUCCACCACUGUACAGUGCAAGGUAGUUAUAGAGUAAUGAGUUUCACAAUGACCUGAUACACCUCUUUAGGAAAGAAGAAACAAGAACACAACCCCAAUGCUCCACCACUCAACCGGCAGAUUCAAUUUCCAGUCAUGUAAGUAUGUUACUGGAAAUACGAAAUGCAUUACUGUAGGCCUGUUUGUGGUCCCACUAGAUACAGCAUUGCUCAUGCAAAGGUAAGUUAACACCCUCUAGUGAAACGUGAAUCGCAUCGCACGCUACACAAUUCUCAUCGUGCGCUUCACGAUUCUGUAUAGCAAAGCACAAUUCUUGCAGCGCGCGAUGCUCUAAACACUGUAAGUAUCAUCUUGUGUAAUUCUAAGAAUCUUUUUUGUAAAACCUUACCGUGACUAACAUGCAAACAGAUUUAACUGCUGUGACCUACAGACUGUUGAGUAUAUCACAGGAAAAAAUAACAGAUUCCCAUUUUUGGAUAUUUUUGGGUUUUUAAAGAAUAGCUAUAAAAAUCUCAAAUUUGGCAAAGUGAGACAAGUCCCAAGCAGGGAAUUCCCAACCAAGUUCCCAGAUUGGGAUUUGUCUCACUCUUCCAAAUUUAGGAUUUUUGUGGGUAUUCUUUAAAAACCCAAAAAUAUCCAAAAAUGGGAAUCCGUUAUUUUUUCCUGUGUAUAUUCACCUUUUUAAGAGAUCAACAUGUCGGUAUGUUCUUAAACUUUUUGUCGGAAGCCUCUUGGAUUGUAAGCCAUGAUAGAAUAACCUACAUAGCCGUACUCAGUUUGUGGAGAAGGUAGAUUGUUUAUAUACAACAGUGUACACAUUGGCUGUUGAUUCUGUUUUUCUCUACUCCAGCCACCUGUGCUUACAUUUGACCAUGCCCAAAACCAGAGUUAUGUCGCCCAAAAAUUUUAUCAUGCUCAACGGCAUCCUAUCAUCUUUAUUACGUUUGUUUUGUCUCAUCAAAUCUUAAAGAAUGAAUCGUAUUACACAUUUAACUGGCUUGUUCUGUCUCAUUAUCGCUUAAAGAACGAGAUCUAUUACAUACACUAUUUACUAAGAAUUUGGGCGACAUAACUCAGGAUUUCGGGUGACUUUACUAAAACUUUCAAGCAUCAUAACUUUGGGCGACUUGACCGGUUACUAGUCUAACAUUGACACUAUUUGAAUAAGAUUCGAUUUUAAAGUGGAGUUUUUCACCUUGCAGGAAAGACAGUGAUAAACUAGUGAAGAUAACUUUACUGAGAGAAGCUUCUAAAAGAGUAACACUUAGUCCUGAUAAUCUUCCCUCUAUCUGCUUUUACAGUGUACUCAAUGCUCAUUCAAGGUAAUAACAAAAUUAGCAUUAAAGGUGGCUGAAUCUUUCAAAAUUUCGUGUUGUUGUUCGCUUAAGUAUAAAUACUCCCACGUGAAAUUACUUGCUGAAGAGGUUUCAUCUGAUUGGCCACACCAGAAAAUUUAGUCCACAGACUCAAAAGAUAGAAGUACACUCAUUCCAAAUCAAAACAAAAGAAAUAUAUCUUGCAAAAACGCCGCCGGAGACAAUUCAUUUCAGUACACCCUGGGUUUUCGUUUGUUAACAAGCAAGGAAGGAUUAGCAAAAGCAAUGAAUUUGCAAAAACUGUUUAUGGCUUUUUUGCAGUAUGUGUUAGUGCAAAUUGCUUACUCAAGAGAAGUGUAAGUCAGGCAAUCUCUCUGUUUGAACAGUACAUUAUUCAUGUGCGCGUGACGAGCAAUGUGCAUCAAAUUAUAAAACAUUGUUAAGUUUUCAUUAUAUCUAAGAGUAAGGAGGAUUUAUGAAAAUGACAGAGUUGCGGAGAUGACCUUUCAACAUUAUUUCUGUGUCAAAAUAUCUUAUGUACUUCGUAAUGAAUUAAUACGUCUCUUAAUCUUCUUGCUUUUCUCGUAGUUUAAACACGGUUAGUAUAUCAGAGGAUUCGAGCCUCCUAUCCGGUGGAUUUGAGGAUAGCAGUGUUCGUGUUUGGAGCCUGACUCCCAAGAAACUACGCAUGCUCAAACCGCCCUCUGAACUUGCUCAAAUCGAUAAGGAAGCAGGUCAGUGAAAAUUACAUUGUCAGGUAAUAAACAUCUUGACCAAUCACAACAGACAGACACUCAGAUCAUCCAAUCAGAGAGUUGGUCUGAAUACAUGUGGCGGGAAAACACAGGGCGAACGUCAGUGAAACAGCAUAAGGCCCAACCUCGUUCCCAGGGUUCUCUCCUACCCGCCCUAGGAGAGAACCCUGGGAACGAGGUUGCAUAAGGCCAAACCUCUGUUUCAAAGCGAGGCUAAGUGCAAAGCCAUUAAUAUAGAAAAAUUGUUUGGCACUUAGCCUCGUUUUGAAAGAGAGAGUUUUGGGAAGACGGAAAUGACCUAUUGGAUUGAUUAUGCGCGUGAUUGGCUAAUUGGCAUCUGGGGUUAAAUGCUUGCAACGUCUAAGGCAAAAACUCGCCGGCCGUUUGACAUCCUCUAUACAACUACGACGCGAGAUUUUUCCUAAUGAGUCGUGUUGUAAAGGCGUGAACCAGUAGAGUGACAAUUUUUACCCUUCCACUUUCAACUUGGAUGCGGUCCUCUACAAUUUAAGAAAUUCGCGUACAUUUAAGCGAGAUGGAAUAAUAACAGUGAAACUCAGAUGCACUUUUUCAGUGAUGCUUUCACAACAUGCUGCGAGCUGCCUGACUAUUAACGAUGUAUCUUCAUCGUCUUGUUUUUACAGAGGACGUACUUGAACGAAUCAUGGAUCACAGGUUUGUAAAUUUUGGAUUAAAGUAAAUGUACGGUUUUAAAUGAAAAAUAACGGCUUGUAACUGAUCCCGCAAGUAAAUAUGAAAGAGCGGCGUCUAUCCAGUAUCGACCAUAUUACAUUUUGCAUUUUGUAUGUAUUGUAUGGUAAAAGAGUGCCUACGUCAUGAAGUUCUGCGAGGCACGAGCCAUUUACCAGGUUUAAAACUCCCCAAACUUUACCUAGGAACUUGACUAGACAUGCUUUUACGCCAUUAUCUAUUUUCCAAUGACUGAGCGAUUUGUCGCGCGCUGAUUGGUUGAGAGCUAUGGUCGAUGAGAGUUUUUACAAAUGCUUAAAACACUCGCCAGCGACCAGUUGUUCCAACUUGAAUUUUGAAUAUUUUGACGUCAUUUCUAUGGUCAAUAAGAGAACAGAGCAUGGAAAAUUGUUGUUUAUUUGUUAAACUGACGCUUUUGUCGCUUUUGUCAGAACUGCUGCAGAGUGUAGACGCUUGAUCGGUCAUUCAGGACCCGUAUUUUCAACGAGUUUUAACAACGAUAAUUCCUUUCUUCUUUCAUCUUCAGCUGACAGAACGGGUAUUUACUAUUGCUUUGUUGUUGUUGUUUAUAUUUUUGUUUUCUUUUGUUUUCAAUUUUUUAAAGUGUUCCUGGGAAUUAUGACACAAGCUAGGUGCAUUUAUUAGUUGACAUUAUGUUUGGUUCUAACGUUUCUUUUUUUGUUCUAGUUCGCCUCUGGAGUCUGUAUACCUUCAGCUCUUUAGUUUGUUAUAAAGGGCACAACUACCCAGUCUGGGACGUGCAGUUUUGGUGAGUUAUCUAACUUUCUGGAUUUAUGGCUCUCUGGAACAUGGUUAGUUUGACAAAGCUGCGCUCACUUAAGAUCAGUUAAAUGUCAUAGCAAAUAAUUACUUCAGGCCAAUCACAAUACGAGCUGACAAUCAAAUGAGCCAAUCAUAAGUCAAAACAAAUGGUGCAGGCGGCUAAAAGCGCGGGGAAAUAGCUCGGAUAACCAUGACGAAUGCGGUGCUAUCUUUUGAAAAAGCCUUGAAAUUAGCGGUCUUAGUUUGAUAGUGCCCCAUUCCAAAUGCAUUGACACUGGUAAGGUUCUAUUAAAAAUGGAGUUUCUUUUUUUUCGAGUUGGCCAUUUGGCUAAUACCCAUGUCCGACUUGGUGAAUCUCUCCACAGUCCACGCGGACACUACUUCGCCACAGCAUCACAUGACCGUACAGCCCGACUAUGGAGCACAGACCACCCGCAGCCACUCAGAAUCCUGGCUGGUCACGUAUCUGAUGUCAACGUAAGAGUCCUACCUAUUUUUUUAUUAUUUUUUUAAUAUCAAGGAAUUUGCGCAAAAACAUAGUUGAAAUUUCCCGUUUUAAAACAGAGUUCGUCUUUGAAUAAUCACGAGCAUUCUCAUAAGAUUUUAUGGGCUCAAUGAGAGAUAGUUAGUUAAUCAGAUUCGCAGCAUUUCUGGGCAGAUUAUUUUCUAGUAACAUUUAGGGGGCGAUUCUUUGUCCCAAAACCACAUUUUUCUCAAUAGGUCACUCAUGAAGAAACAUUUUAUAGUUUGUUUUGUUUUCUUUCCUUUUCUUUUCUUCCAUUUAUUCGGUACUUUUAUUGUGAUUCUUGUAGAUUUUAAUACAUCUCAACUUGUUUGUUAAAUAAUAUCGUUUUUUGUCCUUCAGAGAGUUGCUUUUCAUCCCAACUGCAACUAUGUCGCGACUGGAUCAUGUGAUCGGACCGUGAGGCUCUGGGAUCUAAAUACGGGCAGCUCGGUCCGGUUUUUUACCGGCCAUAAGGUAUGCGAGAAACUGGGUACUGUUAUUUAUGUUUAUGGACGAAAUCCUAUUUUGUAUGACCUUUCGGUUUAAGCAUCGGCCGCAAUUCUUCUGAGUGGUAGCGUUCUUUCAAUUUUUUUUAUAAUCUAGGAAUUGUCUUGAGGCGAUAACUUAUGGUUUUCGUUUAUUUGUAGGGAGCCAUCUAUUCGCUGGCAUUCUCUCCUGACGGACGCUAUCUUGCUUCUUCAGGUUAAUUUCCUGGAUUUUCCAGUUCGUUGUCGAUCAGCUUUUCGUACUUUGAAUACCAAUACUGAAUACCAGUGUUUUGUGAUCUCAUUGGCUCUUUUUUUACUCAGGUGUUGACAAACGCAUCCUCGUUUGGGACCUGGCAGAGGGGACAUUAUUGACAGAGCUGAAAGGGCACACCGAUACAGUGUACUCAAUGCGUUUUAGUCGCGACGGGAAUAUGUUAGCUUCAGGUAGGUAUGACCAUUCUCUUUCACGCGCUUACCACCUUAGAAACAAGAAAAAAAACUUGGCCGAAUUAACUUUCGCAAUGACGUCAAGGACAGUUACUAGGGACAAAAAGUUCGGCUCCAGGUACCCUAUCGUUUCAAAACGAAAUUGAAAAAAAAAAUUAUAUAUGAAUUAUUAGUUAUAAAUCUUGUAGUAAAUAGUUAUAUUUCUUCACCUGUCUGAUAUUAUUUUUAUACUUAUUGUUACAUGUACCAUACCUUACAUUUUGUCAACUCAGUCUAUGUAAUUAGUUAAUUUAUACUUACUUUCAUUGUAUUUUACUUUCGAUCCUGGCCUUACUGUUACUGUUAACUUUAUUUUUACUCUGAGGGAACCCAAUGUCUAUAAGCCUCAUGGUUUCUUUUUGGGCUUCCUCGCCACUUUCAUUUGCUUUUGUGUAACUGUCUUGUUUUAUCGUUAUUUGUAUUUUGUGGUAAAUCAAAUAAAGUUAUAAAGUUAAAAAUCAAAACAAAAAAUUGACCAAUAGCUGAUCGGCACGUCCCCAGUAACGAGCAUCUAUGCACAUUUAUGGGAACAAAAGAAAGCGUUUUCAUGAGAAAAGACUUCAACUGCCACAGGGUUGGUUUGGGAAACCAACAUGGCCACCGUUUCAUUGUUUUGGAAUAACAAUGUAGCCGCCGUGACGUCAUGUGAAAACGCUCUAUUGCAAGACGCAUUUCGGCUCCAGGUACCCUCUCGUUUCUAAAGUGGCAAAUUCUUUAUUUUUGAUUCAUUCAUCCAUCCAUUUAUUUUCAGGUGGUGUGGAUAGUUGCGUGAAGCUGUGGAAUGCUCACGCCAUUUGUAACCCUGAUGAUGAAGACGAUGAAGCGAGUAGAGAAAAGUAAGUUUGAAAAUCAAAAGUUGCGACACUUCCUUUGAGAGUCUGCUUACGGUUUUACAUAUAAGUAGUACGACCUCCACUUCGAUUAGAAGUAGAUCGGUCUAUUUUUAGGCCCAAGACAGACCACAGGCUAAAAUUACGAAGGAAGAAUGCAACAUACCAUGUGAUUGAUCAUUGUAUCGUAUUCAACGAGAAAUCGAAAUACGGUCUGCUCGAUUCCACAACUACAGUUAAGAGUCGACAAAAUAGACUUAGUAUUUCGUUUGAAGUUCUUAAUUUAUCAGUCUCUCACCUCAGGGCCAAUCAGAUUAUAUAUAUAUAAGAGAAAGUUCAGAUCGACUUCGCCAGAAAAUCUUGCUUGUCUUUUCUUUCUGUUCCUUAGCCACACGUCAUCCAAAAGUGAGACGCUAGAAGUUGGAUCCUACCCCACAAAAAGAACGCCAGUACAUUGCUUACAUUUUACUCUUAGGAAUCUGUUACUAGCGUCAGGUCCUUUUACACCGGUUUCCUGACCAGCAAACAAGCUACUGUAAAUCUGUAAAUAUAUAAAAGGAAAAUUCCUGUGGCCUCCUAUGCAGAGGUUUUCUUAGUCUUAAGGCGUAAAACAAGUCAUAGCUACAUGUAGUAUAAUAACCCCACGAAUAUUUGAUAAAAAUCUUGUAAGAUACAAUAAAUAAAGUUUAUUUG